AUGGCAUCGGAUCCGUUGAUUGCAAUCUAUGUGUUCGAAACUCAGCACUGUUACGUGCAGACCCGGCUUAAUCAGCCGCACCGGGUGAGCGUGCCGUUGGCGUUCAAAGUGCGAACGCCGAUAAGAGUUGUCGCCGUUGGACGAAAGCUGCGCGCCCGUGCAACCGUUCCGGUGUUCUCAGUACUCAGUACUUCGCGGAGCGAGCGGAUGACAUCUUGCCUGGCGUGUAUCGUUUUGUCGUUGGCCACGGGUUUGUCCUUGUAUCCGCUCGUCCGUUCUCUGUGA